CUAUACGUUGUAUGAUGUUUGCCUUUUAAAAAGUAAAUGCUGCUCUGAAUUCCAUAGUUCACAGCUUUCAGCUGGUAGUCUCAGCAUGACCUCUUGGGAUCUGCCUUGGUUUCUGUGCUCUGCUGCCCUCCUCUCAGUUUCUGGCUUGCCAACUCCAGAAAUCUUUGAUGUAGAUAAUGGACUUGACCGGGAUAUAUUUGAUAUCAAUGAAGAUCUGGGACUGGAUCUUUUUGAGGGAGACAUCAUGCUUGAUGAGAUGCAAGAAAGAAAUGCCAUCGUUGGAGAAAGAUAUAGGUGGCCUCAUACUAUUCCAUAUGUUCUAGAUGAUAGCUUGGAGAUGAAUGCCAGGGGGGUUAUUCUCAAGGCAUUUGAACGCUAUCGCCUAAAAUCAUGCAUUGACUUCAAGCCUUGGUCUGGAGAACCCAGCUAUAUAUCAGUGUUCAAGGGCAAUGGCUGCUGGUCUUCAGUGGGGAAGCAAUUUACUGGGAUACAACAACUGUCCAUCGGAGAGGGCUGUGACAAAAUAGCAACGGUUCAACAUGAGUUUCUCCAUGCCCUUGGGUUCUGGCAUGAACAGUCACGGUCCGAUCGGAAUGACUACGUCAGCAUAAUUUGGAACAGAAUUAUUUCAGGCAAAGAGAGAAAUUUUGACUUCUAUGAUGAUCAAGUAAUAGACUCCUUGAACGUUCCCUAUGAUUACAGCUCAGUGAUGCACUACAGUAAAACUGCAUUCGGAAAUGGAUCAGAACCUACAAUUGUAACAAGGGUCCCAGACUUCAUGGAUGUGAUUGGCCAGCGAAUGGAUUUCAGUGACUCUGAUGUCUUAAAGUUGAAUCAACUGUAUAACUGCUCCUCCUCCUUGAGCUUUAUGGAGUCGUGUGAUUUUGAGCUGGAAAAUGUGUGUGGGAUGAUUCAGAGUUCAGCAGACAGCGCUGACUGGCAGCGGCUCUCCCAGGUCUCUGAGGGGCCGGAGAGUGAUCACUCCAACAUGGGCCGGUGCAGAGGCUCUGGCUUCUUCAUGCAUUUCAACCGUAGCUCUGUAAACGAGGGGGCCACAGCAAUACUGGAAAGUAGAAUACUUUACCCUAAAAGAGGAUUUCAGUGCUUGCAAUUUUUUUUGUACAACAGUGGAAGUGAAGAUGACCAACUGAACAUCUAUAUCAGGGAGUAUUCUGCAGCUCAUCCGAGCAGGACUCUAAGCCUUGUGGAACAAAUAAAAGAUAUACCCUCUGGGAGCUGGCAACUUUACCACGUAACACUGAAUGCGACCAGUAAAUUUCGAGUGGUGUUUGAAGGGGUCAGAGGCGCUGGUGCCUCACUGGGUGGCCUGUCUAUUGAUGACAUCAAUCUCUCAGAAACACGGUGCCCUCAUCAUGUCUGGCAUAUAAGGAAUUUCACACAGCUCAUUGGCAGCCCUGAUGGGUCUUUCUACAGCCCUCCAUUUUAUUCUUCUAAGGGAUAUGCCUUUCAGAUUUACUUGGAUCUAUAUAGUUUGCCUAAAAUAGGAAUGUAUUUCCACCUGAUCUCUGGAGCCAAUGAUGAUCAGUUAGAGUGGCCAUGUCCUUGGCAACAAGUCACGAUGACAAUCUUGGAUCAAACUCCUGACAUUCGACAGCGUAUGUCCAACCAGCAGAGUCUAACGACAGACCCAUUCCUGACCAUCGAUAAUGGAACCUAUUUUUGGGACAGGCCUUCCAAAGUGGGAGCACAAGUUAUUUUCCCUAAUGGAACUCAGUUUCAAAGAGGUAGGGGCCGUGGAUUCCAUAACUUUAUGACCCAAGAACUGCUGAAAAGUAGAGAUUUUAUCAAAGGAGAUGAUGUUUAUAUCCUACUGACAGUGGAAGACAUAUCCCACCUUAAUACACAAAAUGACCCACUUCCAACCUUGGACGUCAAUGACCUCUGCACAAGUUUCAGGUGUGAGAAUGAUGGGAUCUGCAUUCUCCAGAAUGGCAAAGCUGAGUGCAGGUGUCGGUCGGGGGAUGACUGGUGGUACAUGGGAGAAAGGUGUGAAAAGAGAGGGUCAACACGAGACACCAUUGUCAUCGCCACAUCUUCCACUGCCGCUGUGUUUGCCCUGAUGCUGAUCAUCACUCUUGUCAGCAUCUACUGUACCAGGAAGAAGUAUCGUAAGGAGCCAAGUUCAAGGACAGUCAACACUAUUAUGGAAAAUCAAUAUGCACUUUGAAGAUUAACUCUGCAAUACAGCCAGCAAAUGAAAUGAAAGAUUCUUCAUCAUGGAUUCACCCACAAUAUAUUACAACCACUUCCUCCUUCUGUAAAUGGAUCUUCUCUGUAUAUAGCUGGGUACACUAUAAAUCAUUAUUUUGAUAAAAGUCUAA